AUGUCGCUCUACUUUGAUGCGGUCAACAUCCUGACCGAGCCAUCUUCGGGUGGCUCCUUCAAAUCCCGCAUCUACAGUGCGCGCAACUUGCGUGCGACGCCGUCACAGAUCUACGCUCUCAUCAUCGAGGCCUCCAAAUGGGAUCUUGUUCUUGCCGAGGUCAUCGAGCGUGCGGAUAUCCUAUCUUUGGAGCGCAAGCUCAAUCCUCUCCUUGCCCUCCUCCUGGUCCAUGACCAUCUGAUCUCCAAAAAAGGCAUUGCUGCUCCCGCUAAUCACCCGCUUCGUCAAGCUGUGGAACGUCAUAAAGUUCGACUCAAAGCCGAAUUCACCAAGGCUCGUGUGCGCCGCGGAUGCGCGACAGUCGAACAGCUGAAGGCAGCUCUCCGACGCGAGAAGCGAGAAGCCAAUGGCGGUAGCAAUUUCAUCUAUCCGCGCUGGGUGCGCAUCAACAACAUCCGUAGUACCCUCGAAGACCAAUUGAGUACGACCUUCUCGUCGUACAAACGUGUAGACACACUCGCGGAGUUGGCAACGGAUGACGACGAUGAUGACCGCAAUAGCCGAAAGUUGUUCUACAUGGAUCCCAACAUCCCAGAUCUGGUGGCCGUUCCCUUUGGAGCAGACUUCACCUCUUCGCCCGCCUACAAGAACGGAGAAAUUAUCUUGCAGGACAAAGCAUCGUGCUUCCCUGCUUACCUGCUACUGGGUGACCGCGGCCCGCAAGAUGCCUGGCAAGGCGAUCUCGUGGAUGGAUGCGCGGCACCGGGAAACAAAACUACUCACAUGGCAUCUCUGCUAGCGAAACAACACAAGGGGAAACAGUCCAAGAAACAAAUCUUCUCUAUGGAUGCAUCGAAAGUGCGUUCCAAAACGCUACAAAAGAUGGUCUCUUUGGCCGGGGCGGAUUUAACCGUCACCGUUCUCCAGGGACAGGAUUUUCUGGCGUUAGAUCCGAUGGAUGAACAAUUCGCGAAUGUUUCUGGUCUAUUGCUCGACCCCAGCUGCUCCGGCAGUGGUAUUGUCGGGCGAGACGAUGUUCCCCAGCUUACGCUCCCGGCCCCCAAGGCAUCCCGGCCUUCCAAGUCGCAAGGUAAAAAGCGAAAGCGCCGCGCAGACGAUGAGGACGAAACCGAAAAACAGCAGUCAAAAGCAGCUCCCGCGGGUGUUCCCGAUGCUUCACCUGCGGAUGAGAACGACAUCCCUGCUGGUGCGGUCGACAACGAGCGGCUGAUCAAAUUGUCGAACUUGCAGGCACGGAUUGUGGAACACGCCAUGAAGUUUUCCAAUGCUACCCAUGUGACCUACAGCACUUGUUCCAUUCAUUUGAUUGAGAACGAGGCUGUUGUGGCUCGUCUUUUGGCUUCGGAAGUGGCUCAGCAGCGCGGAUGGCGGCUUUUGCGACGCGACGAGCAACCGGAAGGGUUGCAGAAGUGGAAACACCGUGGUGUUCGAUGUGACCGCGAUGUCGAGACUGAGGCUUGCCUGCGCUGCUGGUCAGGCGAUGCUGAAGGCCUCGGUGGCUUCUUCGUCGCCGGCUUCGUCCGUGACUCCCAGAGAAAUUCAGUCGAAGAAGCCGAGCCCCUGCACGAGGAUGAUGAAGAUAAUAGCGAUGAUGCAUGGGAGGGCUUCUCCGAUUGA